UCGCAUGGCAAGAAGUUUAGUCUGCGUCCACACUUGAAUUUAACGAUUCAACGCAAUAGCUAGAUAAUAGAAUUUUGUUGUCUAUAUUUUGUCGCAACGUCGGGUUGAAGUUUGUGUUACAACUAGAUAUAAAUAAGCAAAUCAAACUAUUGCAGCAUUUUUCCCGCACACAAUUCACAAACCACCGCGAAAUGACCUUCGAGAGGAGCGACACGUUCUACGAUCUGGACCGAAUCAAUUCGACGAUCGAGCGGAUGUUGGUACUGAUUCGGCAGUUGUCCGGAGUAUGUCGGCUGGGGGAAAGCGGUCGAUCGAUGUCGGUGGAGCUGCAGCUGCUGAAUGCAAUCGACGAUCGAAGCUAUCAGCUACAGGAACUGCAAGAUGCCGUUCAGUAUUUGUUUAGUCAGUUUAGGAAAAUCUACCUAGUCAAUAAGGAUUUGUACGUGCAGCUGAACAAGCGAGGGGGAAGGGUUUUCGAGUUGGAGAAGCAGUUGCGAGAACAGGGCGAGAGCAAGUGUUUGUACUACAUGGCGGACGUGAUCAAGUAUGAACCUGCUCUGUUGGCUAUGCAGCGGGUGUUGGACAGAACCAUGCGGGAGAUUCGAAUAUUUCGGAAACAAAGGAACAAACACAAGCUGGAGCUGAUCGUCAGUCACGUAAGGAAUGACAAUCUUGACAAGGCUUUUGAUGAAUUCUUGUCGCUCGAGGACAAUAUUGAACAACUACCGCAAAUAGUGGAGGACGUAUUUGAAGGAUCUAUGCCAAAUUUGAUAAAGCUGUUACUAUUUCUGAGAGGAUACUUUUCGUUGCAAAAACCAAAUUCGGAAGAAACAUUCGUCGCUGGAUGUGAGCAUAUCGUUCAAUAUCUGAAAGGUACGGUUAUGUUCUCACGGGUAGAAACCCUGAUGAUCUACAGUGCAAUGAACGAAUUGCUCAGUGAACGGCAUCGCUUGGAGGAUUUCUUCCGAGAUCGAUUGGAGCUGCUGUUGGUUGACUUGUCUGGCAAUAAAGAACUAGCUGUACAACUGAUCCAGAGCGAUCCUGAAGAGGCAGGUCACUUUGCCAAGUUUUUCAAUUGCAUGUCCGACGAACUUCUUUUGGAACUGGUUCGUGAAGCUUAUCAAGGAUCUACACGGAAUUUAAGGUACACAUUGAAAUUCAUUUCCAAUCUUCCUUGUAUCAACCAACAAAUCAUCAGCUAUCAAGAGGUUCAUAAUGAAAUGCGUCGACUAGGGCUAUCGAAAUCAUCGUCGAUCUUUGUUCUCGCCUAUCACAUCAAAAGAACAAUGCUGCAUCCGAAAUUCCCCCAGGCCAGUCGGUGCUCGGAAUUAGACGAUCUGAAAGCCAUACUACCCCCGAACGUAGCGGGCAUCAUUUGGAAGCAAGUCAGCAUUUCAAGGUACGAGUCCCGAAUUCUGAUGAAGUGUGGAGCGGUGGGAAAGGAAGUUGGUUUCUCGCGGUAUACGGCGGAUAAGAACCGAUUCGAGUGCGAACCCGUCGACGAAGGGGAAGCGUUCCGGAUCCGUGCGGUUACAGUUCAUGGAUACCUGGUGGAGGUAGAUGGACGACCGGAAGUCGCAUCUUCCAAGUAUGACGUGACCUGCCCGACUGCUCACUGGAGAUUGAUACCUCACGAGGAUUGCAAUUAUUUCCGGAUAGAAAACGUCGCCAGCGGCAGGUGUUUGUAUUCAAAGUUUUCCGAGAGUGUCGCGUAUGAUUUCUACAACAGUCCGGAAGUUUUGCGGUUGACAACAGACGAGUCGCUUUUGAGUGAGGGAAACUCCUUCUGGAAGGUAGGGGAAUUUACGCGAGGACCGCGAGGUGAUGCAGAUUGUGUGAUUCUUUAGAAGCCGGGAGUGGUAGAUUAGGUGAUAAAAAUGUGAUAUUUCAAUAAACCUUAUGUGACGUAA